AUUCCUGAAUUGCAGCCUCGAGAACUGCAAUAAUUCCUGCUUGUUCUUACUACUAGUCACUAUCGAACUUUUGGUUCGUUAGAGGCGUAGAUGCAAUCAUUUCACUUUCAAGUAUUUGAGUGACGACAGUAAAAACGCAUUGUUUUUCUUCACAUUCCCCCUCUUUUUCUGAAGUAGCCAGCGGAUUUUCCUUUUUUAGAAAAUUUCUUUCGUUCUUCCUUCUGCUGAAUUCCAGCAAACGCCGCUGUCAAGGCCUUUUUUUCGGUUUUUCCCCACGACGGUUUCGGGAUUUCCCUGCCUCUGCCUGGCUGGAUGCAUAUGCGGGUUUGCGUAUGGAUACUGCAUUCCUUCCAGCAACUUGCUUCGUUCCAUGUUUGUUUAGGUUUGCUCGUUCCAUCGUCUCGCAGCGAAGAAAGAAGGCGCCGUCUUUAGGUUGCUCUGGAGAUUGCCUGCUCCAACAAAGAAAACCGGCACCUUUUCACCUUCCAAAAAAAAGCCGCAACCAAAAGGAACGAGAUUUUUUACCUUCCAAAAAAGAUUUACGUACCCUUUUAUUCCGGAUCUUUCCUUUGAUCAUUAUUGCGAUUGAUUUUUUCAGUAAUAGCACGAUAAACUUGUCACUUCCACGCAUAAUGCUGUUAUGUCAGAAGCGAGGGUAAAAAUAUUCCGUCAUUCAUUGCUUAUCCAUGUGAGAGAACCUACUUAUGUUUUUCUAAUAGGGAAUUGCUUGUGUUUGAUGACAAAGAGUUGGUGAUAAUGUUGUCCUUAGCACGUUUCGGCUGUGCUGUUAUCCCACUCGAUCGUGGCGUUGAAAAUGGUGUCGUCAGAUAAUCUUGAUUUGAUCCGCACGAUUCCUGGCUUUCUUUCAGGACGGCACAAACUUCUGUGGUUUCAUUAUUGGUUUCCUAGGGCCUAGUUUAACGGUUAAUGGAGUGCCAAACUUCUAGUCUAUCUAUCCUAUUCUAUUGCUGGGUAGUGCUCGCCCACUAAAGACCACCAAAGCUUUCGCCUUCAAGGGCCCAAAGGGCAAGCUUUGUGCCCUUGUCCCUGUGAUUGUAGAGGCACCAAGUGAUGAUUCUUGCUCUCUCAGUCAGUGGGGACCAGUUCUUCUUAUAACUGGAGAUGCUUUUCUUGUACUACAUUGGAAAAAUUCCGACGAAAAUUCACUUGAAAGGUUUCUUUUUCGGAGUGCAACUGUGACCAGAGACGGCAUGCUCAAAAUAUAAUUUCACCGGGUGUCAUCGUCGUCUUCUCUACUACUAGUUGUAAAGAGUAACUCCAACACUGGUGCUGGCACAUGUUCUUCAAUUUUUUAAUUCUGAGCCUUCUGCUUCACGUUUAAGUGUUUAACCUUACACAUGGGCAAUGCUUGGCAUCUACACAAAAUGAUGUGUGUUGGCAAUUUCAACCCUAGUUUUAAAGGCUUAAUCUUGUGGCCUUUAUUCCUUUUCCCUCUUAUUCUGAGGAAUAUUUGCAAUUGUGUUUCAAGAGAAGGAUCCAAGUGCUGGCCUAAAGAUAUUUUUGCCCAUUGCGGCUCUCGCACUGCUGGUUCUUAUUCCAGUCAAUGUAUCGGGUGGCACAUUACUUGAUCUAAGAAAAGAAGUUGUUUUCAGUGAUAUUGAUAAGCUUUCCAUAUCAAAUGUAGACCCUGGAUCAAACAGAUUCUUUAUUCAUCUCCUGAUGGCAUAUGUGUUCACAUUCUGGGUGUGCUUUAUGCUGUACAAAGAAUACAGCAAUGUUGCAUUCAUGAGAUUGCAUUUCCUGGCUUCCCAGAAGCGUUGCGCCGAUCAGUUCACUGUGAUUGUUAGGAACAUUCCUCGCAUCUCAAGCCAUUCAACUUCUGAAACAGUGGACGAGUUCUUCCGAAGAAAUCAUCCAGACCACUAUCUUGGUCAGCAGCCUGUUUACAACGCGAAUCGAUACGCUAAACUUGUGAAGAAAAGGGAGAGGCUUCAAAACUGGUUGGAUUACUAUCAGCUGAAGUUUGAAAGGCAUCCAGAGAAAAGACCAACUAGACGGACAGGAUGCCUUGGUUUCUGUGGUGGCGAAGUGGAUCAAAUCGAGUACUACAGGGCUAGAAUCAGCGAGCUUGAGAGGAAGAUGGCAUCUGAGCGCCAGAAAGUUCUCAAUGACCCAAAAGCUAUCAUGCCUGUUUCUUUUGUGACGUUUGACUCGAGAUGGGGCGCUGCUGUGUGUGCACAGACACAACAGUCGAAGAACCCAACCCAAUGGCUGACUGAUUGGGCUCCUGAACCGCGGGAUGUUUAUUGGCAGAAUCUUGCCAUCCCAUUUUUCUCUCUCAGUAUCCGCAGGUUUCUGAUAUCCGUUGCGGUCUUUGCAUUGGUGUUUUUCUACAUGAUACCUAUUGCAUUUGUGCAAUCACUUGCCAAUCUUGAGGGUCUUGAAAAGGUUGCUCCAUUUCUGAAGCCAGUAAUAGAAGCCAAAGUGGUAAAAUCCUUCCUUCAGGGGUUUCUUCCCGGUCUGGCUCUGAAGAUCUUUCUCUAUAUCCUCCCUACAGUUUUAAUGAUCAUGUCAAAAGUUGAAGGCUAUGUAUCUUUAUCAUCGCUGGAAAGGAGGACUGCUUCGAAAUAUUACUACUUCAUGCUGGUGAAUGUAUUCCUUGGAAGCAUAAUCGCUGGUACAGCGUUUGAACAGCUAUAUGCUUUCCUCCACCAGCCUCCUACACAAAUACCAAGGACAAUUGGAGUAGCUAUACCAAUGAAGGCCACAUUUUUCAUGACUUACAUAAUGGUUGAUGGCUGGGCUGGUAUUGCAAACGAGAUCCUUCGAGUGAAGCCUCUAGUGAUAUACCAUCUGAAAAACAUGUUUAUCGUGAAAACGGAGAGGGACAGGGAGAGGGCGAUGGAUCCCGGUAGCAUUGGGCUUGGAGAAAACCUUCCAUCCCUACAGCUGUAUUUUCUCCUCGGGCUUGUAUACGCCGUCGUCACCCCCAUCCUCCUGCCAUUCAUUAUCAUCUUCUUUGCCUUUGCUUUCCUCGUCUAUAGACACCAGAUCAUCAAUGUGUACAAUCAGGAGUACGAGAGCGCUGCUGCAUUUUGGCCUCAGGUGCAUUCCCGGAUAAUAGCCAGCCUGUUGAUCUCGCAUGUAACUCUGUUUGGGUUGAUGAGCACAAAGAAAGCUGCAUACUCCACCCCUCUGCUCAUCUUCCUGCCUCUGCUGACGAUAUGGUUCCACAAGUACUGCAAGAGCCGGUUCGAGCCUGCUUUCAGGAAGUAUCCUCUAGAGGAAGCAAUGGAGAAGGAUAACAUGGAGCACGCGUCAGAGCCUAACCUGAACCUGAAAUCCUUCCUGGCCAACGCUUACCUGCAUCCCAUCUUCCAUCUUUUUGAGGAACCGGCAAAGGAGGAGAGUCAGGAGACGGUGGAGGUGAGGAUCGACAAAGCCCAGCAGCAGCAGCACCGUCAGGAGGAGACUCAUGUGAGGAACUCAUCGCAGUACCACCACGAGGAGGGUCACUUCAGGAGCACGCACGAGACGCAUUACCACCACGAGAGCCAUGUGAGCCGGAGCACCCAGUACCACCAUGAGGGGAUCCAUGUGAGGAGCGACACGGACUCGCCGUCGCCGCCGCACUUCAUCUACCACUACGACAUCCAACCCUGAAUGAUCCUGAAAAGCAGUAGUCUAACUUGAUCUGGUUUUCCUGGUCGCCCUGUGAAUGCUUCUCUUAGUCACCUUACCAUUAAAAAGGAUGCUGAAUUGCUAAUUUUAAUGUUUGAUGAGUCGUUGAUGUACAUGCGAGUGGGUAGUGCUAGGCAGCGCUAGAGAACCAAACAGGGCCUCUAAAAUCCUGAUGUGGCCAUGGGCCCUGAACAUUGAUUCCCUGCACCAAAAUGAUGAGGAGUCAGCUUUCGUGUUGCGUGUUCCA